UUCAAAAUAUGGGACUGUAUUUUUUUCAUACGAUUAUUAUCCUCUUUGGUUGUACGGUAAUAUUGAGUGUACAAAACGGAGAAAUUCUUACAUACGAGACACCAGAGAAUUGUACCGACCGGGAAUAUUUCAGUCCUAACGUAAUGUCUUGUAAGUCGUGUGGUGAUGGAAAAAUUUCACCGGUUGACCGAAAGACAUGUGUUUGCGACAAUAGCAGCAAGACUGUGAAAAACACAUUAUGUGAACGUUGUCCGACAAAUACUACACUUUCAAAGGAUCACUCACGGUGUUUGAAAAUAACAAAUAACGCAUGUGGAUCAAAAGAUAUCGAAUUGGAAACUGAUGUGAACGGCACGUCGCUGGGUACGAGGUCGUGUGUUCGUUGCACAGCUGGCACAACCCCUUCGCAAGACCGAACGAAAUGUAUACCUUGUUUGUUGGCUAAUUGCUCUUGCCCGUCAGUGUCACACGAGCCACUGUUGGACGGCACCGUGUGUGUGCUCAAAUCGAACUUAAGUCAAUGGCCGGACGAACGUGACACUCAUUUGGUCGAUUACGAUCUAGUCGACGAGACCGUGGAAUCCAAGUAUUUGAAAACCAAUUUGCGGGCUCUUCUGCACAGAUGUUUGAAUGUCAGGCACAGCGUUUCGUGCGAAGCUCUGGGCAAUUUGUGCGCAAUACAAAUGUACAGAGACGAGAGAAAAGUGAGUGCUUGUAAAGUUUUCAAGGAUUACAGGCGGAUUCCGACCACGUUGGACGUCGACCGUCUGCCUUUGCCUUGGAUCUAUUAUGGCGAAGGAGACGCUUUCGUUGUGUUGAAUAAGAAAAAAAUCGGAUCCAGAUACAGCAUAAAACCCGAUAGACGCAAUAGUCAUUUAAAAUUGGUUGCGUCGAGGUAUUACUUGAACGGAUCGCUCCACAGCGUUUCCGAAUUGGCUCCGUCUGAGUUUCAGUUGUGUCCAGGACUGUGGCAAGGGAUUGACUCUGCUUUUCGUUUUGGAGCUCGGUAUUUUCGCACGUGUGACAUACCUGCAAAACAGCUCAUUAGUUUAGCUACUCCGGAGCCAAUUUUUUACGACUUAUACCUGGAGUACGAAGAAGGCAACAAGAAAAUGUUGUACUCGGUGCCAUUGUUGGUGAAAAACAUCAAAGUAGGAACAACAUAUCCAAACACCGGCAAAGACAUUUCCCAGUGGUUGCUGACUAGACGCAUGUUUCUGGUGGACAAGUUUAGCGGUGUACCCGCCGUCAAGGCCCAGGGCUUUCCGGCCGUCGUUCAAUAUUUGAAGUUUGCCAAACUCGUGAUCCAAGCUCAGCGCGAAGUCGAAAACGAAGGCAAUAUCUUACCGCCUUUCAUGGUUUUGGAAUACGGUCAGGCGACUAAUGAAAAUAUAUCGCUGGACGUGCCUUUGCCCGUGACGUUCACCGUCGAGUUUUACAUGGAAAACGAUGCUCUCCACUAUGUCGACAUGAGUUUGGCCAUUCUCAGCGGGUGCGUGUUCAUCUGGAGUUGCAUACACACGUGGAGCGAGUCCAAACGGUGCGGACGGAUGGCGAUCGACCUGUGGACCGUCGGACAGUUCAUGAUCACUUGUUGUUCUCAUUUCGCCAACAUGAUAUUCGCCGUCUGCGCCUUGUUGGCUCUGUACACGUUACUGUUCUACAAAGCCCAAAGCGUCGUAUACACACUGCUACCGUCUCAAGACCUCGAGUCCAUCGUCGACAGAUAUAUAGUGUUGGCAUUUUUACUGAAGACAGUCGAACUACUUAGACUGAUUUGGAAGCAGACCAGCGUUGAUAUAUUUCUAGUCGACUGGGAAAAACCGCGCAUAGUGCCUAACCAAAAACCAAAUGGCGCGACCGCCACUACUCAAAAACAAACCGUUAGCAUAUGGCGAAGUUACUUUGUAGCCAACGAGUGGGCUGAAAUACAAACAAAAAGAAAAAUCAGUUUACCCGUGCAACUUUUGCUCACCGUGCUUCUUUUCAAAAUAUACGGAUUUGAAAAUUGGGCUACAGCCGAACCAGACGUCCAUUUGGUUCGUACACCGUACAGACCGAUUAGCCAGUUGUUGGCCCUGGCAAUGCUCGUUGCGAUUUUCAGUACCGUUUACACGGUGCAGUGGUUGGUGACGGUGGGCAUUUACGAACGGUACAUAAAGAAUUGUAUUCAACAGUUUGUGGACGUCUGUUCUUUGGCCAACGUCAGUGUGUUCAUACUGUCUUCAGAAUAUUUCGGCUACUACAUACACGGCAGGUCGGCCCACGGGUUUUCCGACACGGACAUGGAGAGCCUUAUUGGACAACUACAAAAAGAAGAAGACAACAUGGUCAGACACAGGGGCUUAGUGCCCGGCACCGAGAAGCAAACGUUCGAGAUGACCAUACCUUCGUCGCUGAGGACUUACUACCGCAGAGUAAUGGCUCCCUUGAACGGUAUCCAAUCCAAGCAAAUAUCCGGUUCUUCGUUUAGAAUCAAAAGAGUGGACAAGACUGACAUGGUGCGAAUCGGACAGGCCUACAACAAUAUGAACAAAUUUCUCGCUGCGUUUUUGGAUCAUGCGUUAAAAGAUUUGGAUUACGAAAUCCGGGAAAAGACCUUCGUCGAGAAACUUUUGGGAAUCGAAUACUCGGAUCCUUCGGACAAAGGAGUGUUUUUCAUAGAUGACGGCCAUUCGUUCGACAAAGUUAUAUUCUACGGAAACGAGUGCACUCUGGUCAUAUUCGAUGUAAUGAUGUUGUCGUUUUUCUUCGUCGUCACCGGAGACAUUAUACUAGCCGGCAUCUUGACGGCAUUUGUGGUUAAGAUAAUAAGUGUUAUAAGAACACAACUCGGAAAAACGAAUUUGGCUAAAAAGACUUUGAUUGACGAACGAUUUUUGAUAUAAUAAAAAUGUAGAAGAAAUAAUUUUUUUAUGGUAAUAGUAAGCAAACAUAAU